AUGGAAUUCAAGCUUUGUGACGACAUGGUGAAGACUGAAAUUCUUUCACGUACAUCUUUAAAGACACUGGAUGUCAUGCGUUGUAUCAGUAAAGAAUUCGAAAAGCUCACGUAUGAACCCUAUCUUCUUGACCUUUACAAGCAAAGAAACGACAUUGUUUCUGGCUUUCUCAUGCAAAAGUGUGGUCUCGAAUGCUCUGAAUACAUCCACGAGUUUGCACCAUCACGUGGAUCAAAGAGCAUCGAUCUUGGUUUUCUACCACGUAAUGCUCGAAUUCUAGCAUCUUCGGAGCAAGGAAUCAUCGUGUUCCAGAGUCCUUAUACGAGAUUUUCUGGGUCGAUUUCAUACUAUGUUUGUAAACCUGCAACUAAACAGGUUGUACCAUUGCCGAAUCCAAGAACCAGGUAUACAACUGAGAAGAUUGCGAUUGUGGUGGUGGGUUCAAAUCCAGUACUCCAUUACAAGAUUGUCCGGUUAUCUUCUUCCAAUAGCGUGAAAAGGAGAGGUGAAUUUUACAGGACAUAUCGUUGUGAAAUCUUCGACUCAACGACUUGGGUAUGGAAGCUGAUGGAUCUCUUAAUGUUGCCAUGUUCAGUUAGCCUGGAUAUGGCAAGACCGGUAAUCACCACGAGAGGCUCAAUCUACAUGUUAUUGUUGAACAAUGACAUCUUGAAAUUUGAUUCAUAUUCUGAAAAAUGGUCAACUUUUUCAUCGCCAAUUCAAGACCGGGACUAUGAGUUAUAUACUUCGAGGCAAUUGGUAAAACAUGACGGGAGAUUGGGGUAUUUUUGUAAGUCUUCAAUUAAUGGUGGUUGUGAAUUUUGGGUUCUCGCGACUGAUGCAGAAUCGUGGGAGAAGAUAUAUGUUUUCAACAAGGAGGAAUCAGAAGAUAUUAAUGCAAGGAAUCUGGAGUUAUUUGAUGAUCCAAAUGCAAGUGUUCAGAUAUGGGCUGGAGUUUUUUUGUUUUACAAAGAGAAGACAAUCGUUUCCAACCGAUGUGAUGAUCAAAUGUUCGUCUACCGAUCAGAUUUUGAACCAAUUAAUUUGAAGCUGGGCAAACAGGAGUAG